AAUUGGGUGGCAGUACAAAGAAAGGAAGAAAUGAAAAACUCUAAACCCUAGCUAGAACCUAACUUCCAAGCUCCAAUGACGGAUCUUCCGCCGGAGAUACUCACCGGAAUCCUCUCUCUGUUACCGGUACAAUCCCUCCUCCGAUUCCGUUCAACCUCAAAAUCACUUCAAUCUCUAAUCGAUUCCCACAGCUUCAUCAAGCUUCACCUCCAUAAUUCCUUCAAUCGUUCCUUAAUCCUUCGACACAACUCUGAUUUCUACCAAAUCAACGAUUUCUCUAACCUAACUACCGCCGUUAAACUCAAUCCUCCUUUCAAAGGCUCCAACAACUUCAUCUCUCUGGUCGGAUCAUGUAACGGCCUUCUCUGCCUCUUCUCCGAUGGUGAAAUCGCUUUCUGGAACCCUACCAUCUGUAAACAUCGCAUUAUCCCUUCCCUCCCUAUUCCUACCCCUCAACAUUCUGAACCUAACAACAUCUACGCCGACUUUUGCGUUUACGGCUUCGGUUUUGAUCCAUUAACUGAUGAUUACAAACUCCUCACAAUCUUCUGUUUCGUCGAGAUACAACAAUCUACUUCUGAAUCACAUGCGAGACUCUUCAGCUCGAAAACAAACUCGUGGAAAGAACUUCCUACCAUGCCUUACACUCUUUACUAUGCUCAAACAAUGGGGGUUUUUGUUGAGAAUUCUCUUCACUGGAUAAUGACGGAGAAACUUGAUCCGUUGAAACCUCGUGUAAUUGUUGCGUUUAACCUAACACAUGAGAUUUUCAAUGAGGUUCCUUUUCCUGAAAUUGGUGAAGAAGUGAAUAGUGAGAGUUUUGAAAUUGGUGUUGCGGUUCUGGAAGGGUGCCUUUGUAUGACUGUGAAUUAUCAAACUGUUAAAAUUGAUGUUUGGCUGAUGAAAGAAUAUGGAUGUAGAGAUAGCUGGUGUAAACUUUUUACUUUGGCAGAAUCGUGUUUCACCUUACCUUUGAAAGCUUUGAGGCUUUUAGCUUAUUCGAGCGAUGGAGGUAUGGUUCUGUUGCAAGUAGAUCCUGAGAAGCUGUUUUGGUAUGAUCUCAAGAGUGAACAAGUUAGUUGUGUUCAAGGAAUUCCUAAUUUCGAUCAAGCCAUGAUUUGUGUUGGAAGUCUUGUAUCACCUUCCUUCCCUAGGAAGGAGAAUCGCACAAGCAAGAGAAGGGAUGACUUCUUGUCCCGAGGAUUUAAAUUGAAAUUGUAAUGAAGAACCUUUGAUUUGUAGCUGAAAAGUUGUUUGUAGUGAUGGAUUUAGUCAUGUUGAUUUGCGGGAAGCGUUAAAUUGAUCCGAAAUGGAGCAUCGCCUAGUUUUUAACUCUCUUCUUCAUUGGUGUAAGAUCACACUUUUCCCUCUCAUGUAAAAUCUCACGAGGGGAUUCAUUCUCAGUAGAACCGUUUGCCUACAGUGAAAGAAAGGCCUGCAGAAGUGAAACAAAGAUCUCAGCCAAAAUAUAAUAUUGAAGAUUAGAUACAUAAUGUACAUAACUUCUUUCUUUUGAAGUAUCACUUGGUCUGUAAAUACUAGGAUCAUGCUAUAUAAGUAAUGCAAAGAAAAAUGGCAUAUAUGUCUGUUUAGGUGUAAGAAAGUGUUGAAAAUGGCUUAUAUGUUGUUACGGUGAUCAAAAGUGUUGAAACUUUUUA